AUGGUGGAUGUUGGCAGCAACAUGGAUGACACUUUCUGCAAUUGGCUACUGGUUUUAUUCAGUCGAGACAGGCAGGGAGAGAUGGAGGAAGCGGCUGUGGUUAGUUGGUCAAUUUGGCGUGCCCGUAACGAUUUUUUUUUGCAACAAAAGAGCCAUACUACUGCAAAUGUGGUUGCUUCAGCAAGAAUUCUGCUUGAUCAAUACCAAUCCGCUCAAGAAAGAAAGGGUAUUUCUUUGUCUCUGUUAAUUGAUGGGGACCGUGUGGUUGAGCGUUGGACUACACCUUCUAUAAAUAAGAUCCAGGUUAAUGUUGAUGGUGCUUUCUUUGAGCAAGAAGGUAGAUUUGGCUUUGGUUGUGUGGCUCGCGACUAUAGGUAA